AAAAUGGUUAGCUUAAUGGGAGCGCAGUUUUCCAAGCCUUUGAAAGCAGACACUGUCACACAUCUCAUUUGCUAUAAAUUUGAAGGUGAGAAGUAUGAACUUGCUAAAAAGGUGAAUAUAAAUCUUGCUAAUCACCAGUGGUUGGAAGCUUGCUUAAAGGCUUGGGAAAUUCUUCCAAUUGAUAAUUAUAGAAAAAGUGGUUGGGAACAAGAGAUGAUGGAGGCGCAAGUUGAGGAUUCUGCAGAUGAAGCAGAAGAUGCUGCCAGAGUCUUAUCUCGUAGUAGAGGCAUUGCCAGAAGAGCCCCUAUUACAGAGAUUAGAAUGGGAACUCAUGUCGAUCCUGAUGUCUACGCCCCCAUUCGUGAUCCUACUGUCUCUCUUGGCAAUGCCGAGGUUGCUGCAGGAAGACACUUGGACACUCCGAAACAGGCUAGCAAAACAGAAGAUGUAUGGGAAAGGUCCCUUGAUGCAAGAGCUGACAUACAGAGCACUCGUAACACAAAUGGUGUGACAAAUUCUGCUGAUACUGAGGCACGCAAUUCAGUCCAUCCUCCUAUUAACCCCUGUAGCAAUGAAAAGGCUCCUGGAGAUCACAUCACCAGAGAUGAAAUAAAAAAUGGUGAUAAAGGGCCAGUUGAUGCUAGGUCAAGUGCCCUUCCUACCCUCAACGCAAAUAGUUCCGACCUCUUCAUUACCAACAGUGUUCAGUUGCCAACACCUUCUGCAGAAAGUCUCUUGGAGAAACCAUUGCAGUCAUCAGAUAUGACUGGAAAAGUGGAUCAUAAGGAUAAUGGACCUGUAGCUAAUCUUGUUGAUGGAGUUGGUCAAUCAAAUGCAGAAGGAAAUAUAGCCUUGUUUAAGGCCAAUUCAGUAUCAGCAGGCAGUUCUGCAUCAAAGAAUUCCCCAAUCUUGGGGUACUCCAGAAGGCGUUCUCGGAAGUCAGUGUCACCAGGAACUAAUUUAAGUUCAGCUCACCAAACAACAUCUCUCCAAAGCUAUGAGAGAAAUUCACCAAAUGUUGAGUUUAGUAUCUCUCCGUCAACGAAGAGCAAUCAUACAAUUAGCAAGCUUGCUGAUGCCAAAAGCCCGAGAGAGGAAGCAAUACAAUGUGUGGAUAGAUCAGACAUUGUACUUGCUCAGACGAACAGGGGGCUUUCUUCAGCCAGUCCAUUAGCGCCAAAUGGAGGCACAGACUCAGCUACCGGAACUGCAAAUAUUCCUAUCCCAAGCAGAGAAAUUGCAUCUGAAGCAGCAACAGUUUCUGAUCUGGCAAAAAUAUCCACUGGAUCUCAACCCAUCAAAGUUAAUGAUGACCUAAGCGUUGAUGUUACUGUGAAUCAUACGGUGAGUCAAACGUCUGGCUCUUGUAAAAAGAAGCUGCUGAGCUACAGGAGGGCUUCUUUGAAGCUUGCAAAGUCUCCUGAAGUAGAAAAACUUCCUGAAAUUUUUGAUAAAGAGGCAAUUAUAGAGUCACUAGCUAAAGCAAAGGAACUGGCACAGCAUGAAGUGGCAGCAGAGAAGGCAUGUGCUAUUAGCCCUUCUAUGGAUUCUGAAUUUGAGAAGGGAAGUUCAAGUUCCUAUCGUCAAAAUUGGAAUAUAGAGAUGAGUAACGCACCACAUGUUAAUAGCAUUGAAUUGGCAGAUACGGGAUCACAACAUGACAAGGAGGUCUCUCAUGCAACCAUGGAAGCAGGUGCUAGGAAAGUAUCGACUUCUAGAGUGAAGAGCACUGGUGCUAAGAGGUCAAGAAAUGGUACUAAUGGAGCACACACUUCAUUUGCGAAUCGUAAAUGUGAGAUUGCAACAUCUAAGUCCAAGCACAAUAUUGAUGCAGUUAUUUCCCAUGAAAAUGUAGAAGCAGAACAAGUAAAAGAUGGUACCAGUCCGAACACAGCUGAAUGCACAACAUCCUUUCCUGAAGAAAUCCUGAGCAGUAAAACAAGGAGCGUUGACACGAGCUCUCUGAAUGCCAACAGUGAGGUGAAUGGUGUACCAGGGGCUUCAAAGCUGGAGUUUGCUAAUUUGAUUUCGCGGGGAAAUAUAAACAAAAAACCUAGGAGGCUUCCAAGCAGUGCAAAUGAUAAUCACUAUCAAAGGGGUUCAUCUGAGAAGGUUUCAAGUUCCAUUGAAAGGAGUGCUGUUGCAAACGUGUCUCAGCCUGCUGACAUGAAGAUGGCUAUGGCUGCAACCGCUGAUAAAGCUGAUACAGUAUCGUUGAAGUCGAGUUUCAGUGAGGCAGUUCCUCAAGCUGACACUGAAAAGCUUUCAAGCAGUGCAAGUGCUGAUAACCAUGAACCAUGUGCACCUGAUAGAGUACCAAACAAGAGAGUGCGCAAAGCAGUUGCCAAAAGGAAAAUUUCUGGCGCACCGCAAUACAUAUCAUCUGAAGCUGAAGUUCUGACAAUAAAGCAGGCUGCGGAGAGCUCCACAAAUGCUGGCAAGGCAAUGGGUAAGGAUCUCCAGAGUGCGAAUGAGGAUGGUAUGGCAAAUCAAGCUGCAUCAUUUUGCAAAGAUUCCUUUGAAGACGGAUCAGAAGAUAUGCAGAACAUUAGACCAAUGACUAGCAAAAAGAACAAGGUUGUAGAUGCAAUGGAUGAUUCUGUUGGCCAAAAUAAGGAGAAUAUACCAGUCAAUGUUAAUCUCAGUCCUAAAUCAAAGUACGGAAAUAAAUGUGUGGGUUCUAAAUGUAUGAAAAAACCAGUACAAAAGGGCAAAGGGGUGCUUUGUGAGCGCAGCAUGACAGGAGGAAAUGAUUGUGGAACCUUGUCCUUGUCGGAACCAACAUGGUUUAUCUUAGGUGGACAUCGCCUACUGAGAAAGGAUUACAUGUCAAUACUUAGACGGCUGAAGGGAAGAGUAUGCAGGAGUUCACAUCACUGGUCUUUCCAAGCGACGCAUCUUAUUGCACCCGAGCUCCGCAGAACUGAAAAGUUCUUUGCAGCUGCUGCAGCUGGGAGGUGGAUACUCAAGGCUGAUUACUUGAGUGCUUGCAAUGAGGCUGGCAAGUUUUUAGAGGAAGAAUCAUUUGAGUGGCAUGGGGAUGGCCUUAACAGCGGCGAUACGAUAAGUCUGGAUGCUCCAAGAAAAUGGCGCCACCUAAGGGAGCGCACUGGUCAUGGCGCUUUCCAUGGGAUGAAGAUCAUCAUAUAUGGAGAGUGCAUUUCUCCAUCAUUGGACACGAUGAAGCGUGCGCUGAGGGCUGGUGAUGGCACAAUUCUAGCAACCUCCCCACCAUACACCCGGCUACUGAAGCACGACGUCAGUUUCGCUGUGGUGUCCGCGGGCAUGGCGAGCACAGACGCAUGGGUUCAGGAGUUCAUGAACCACAACAUCCCCUGCGUCAGCGCGGACUACCUGGUGGAGUACGUCUGCAAGCCCGGCCACCCUCUGAGCAAGCACGUUCUCUUCAACAUGCACGACCUGGCAGUCAAGUCCCUGCAGAAGAUACAGAAUUCUCAGCGAGAUGAACUCGGCGCUAGCACCGGAGAGGCAGGGGAGUGUGGCGACACUGAGCCAAGCUGCUCCGCCUGCGGAUCGAGCAACCGGGAAGGGGCUCUGAUGCUGAUAUGCAGCGGCAGCCAGGGGAACAAGGCUAGCUGCGGUGCUGGGAUGCACGUCGACUGCUUGAACCUGAGCCCUGAAGCUGCUGCUCCAGACGGUGACUGGCUGUGCCCCAAGUGCGACGACGAUGGUCAGGUGAAACCGCCCCCGAAGAAGGCCAAGAAAGGUGCCAGGAAACUGAAGCCCAAGGCGCAGAUGAGUUCUUGUUGCUGA